GAAAAACUAGAGACAAGAAUCAACAGUUCAACACAAAAAGAAAAAAAACAACAAACAAUGGAGUCAUCACGCAAGUUCUUCCCGGCCAUUGCUGUCCUCCUCCUGCUUGUUAUCAACACAGAGAUGGCGCCAGCGCAGGCGAGGGAAUGCGAGACGGAAAGCAGCAAGUUCAGCGGGAUGUGCAUGAUACAAGCCAACUGCGACCACAUCUGCAUGGGCGGCGACGACUGCAGGGGAUUCCGUCGCCGCUGCAUGUGCAGGACCCAAUGCUAAGCUAGGCGCCCAACUUAAUUAUAAUUAACGAACGCCUUUCAUAUA